AUGCCUGUAAUGGGAAUCGUCCAACUGUAUAUACAGCGGGGUGUGAUCUUCCUGGAGCAUGGGUGGUUCAACGAGUACGAAAUCACGCGAAACAUUUACAACAGCCUUCUGGAGCCCGAACAAGGGGGGGGGCACUUCGCGGUGUGGGGUCGAGGCCAUUUUCAGGAUGCGACCCCGUUCCCUCCGGUGGACAGCCUCCACUCCCAGGGAAACUCCUUUUUGUGUUCCAACCCCAUCUGCAAGGCCAUCAACAGAGAUCUCAGCGAGGGAGUCGAGGCAACCGUCGCCGCACAGGUUUUGAUACAAUUCUCGACUCUUCGUUCCCUACCCCCUUAACCUCCUCUGCCCCUUUCCUCCGUCUAUUUUGUCAGGUUUGGUGCCUUCGUAUAUCCCGGAA